AUGUCAAAGAACAAAAUAGCCGCUCGUAUCGACAGCCAAAGUGUAGAAGUUAAAACUAAGUUUGAUGCCGAAUUCAGAAGAUUCGCUCUAAGUAGGUCGGAAAAAUUGAAAUAUGAAGAUUUCAAAGGCCUAAUAGAGAAGUUGCAUCGGCUUCAUGAUGUGGCAUUCCUCAUUAGUUACACGGAUCCUAGAGACGGGGAUCUGCUGCCGAUUAAUAAUGACGAUAACUUGGCACGAGCAUUGCUCACCGCUAAACCACUGUUACGAGUUAUCAUACAAAGAAAAGGAGACAGUCUUGAAGAGUUGAACGGCUAUGGCACCAUGAGACCGAGGAACAUCAUCUCAUCUAUACUGAGCGGGGCGCCCGCCAAGAACAAGGGACUGGCGAUAUCAAACCCGCACGACUUUAGAAUGGUGUCAGCAAUCAUAGAUGUCGAUAUAGUGCCAGAAACAUGCAGAAGAGUCAAAUUAUUGAAACACGGCUCAGACAGACCGCUGGGAUUCUUUAUAAGGGAUGGCACUUCUGUUCGUGUAACGCCGUCCGGCGUGGAGCGUUCCCCCGGUAUAUUCAUAUCGCGACUGGUCCCGGGAGGUCUGGCCGAGUCUACGGGUCUGUUGGCUGUCAACGACGAGGUGCUAGAGGUCAACGGGAUAGAUGUGUCCAAUAAGACGCUCGAUCAGGUGACGGACAUGAUGGUAGCUAACUCAUCGAACCUCAUCAUCACAGUACGACCGGCAAACCAGCGGGCUGGACCUCCGCCCGCCGAGACCAGGGUGCAGCCGCCCUCGGAGACUGACGACGACAGGUCACACGAACACACACAUAUACAUACACACACACAGACAAACACACACACACAGACAGAUAGAGUCAUAAAAUCCUAUUAA